CAGGUCUAAUGAUGAUCAGAUCCGGCCUCGCCAGCGUCGUAGCCGGGGUGGUAUGGGGAGCCAGUCUCGGGGUUCUUCCAGCCAUGUUCAGGAUUCCGUUUCGCCCCACAGCUCAUACCAUACAUCUCCCUCUCCAUUACUCGCUCCUGCUGCUCCCGCUCCCGCUGCUGCACCCGCUCCUGGUCCCGCUGCUGCACCCGGUCCUCUGGGAGUGAUGAGGGUUGCGGAGUUGGUUCGACAGCCCGGUCGUGACCAUCUUCCCUAUCUCACUGAGUAUCCACAUGGACAUGGUCAAACAUGGUUCAACCGAUCCGGGAAUGGGAUCAGCGCAUGGAUCAACCGUAUGAUGUACUCGGCCCUCGACAGCGGACAUCCGACUUUCACUCACUUCCCUGGGGUUUGCUUAAUCACAGAGGUUUUCUCUGGAGUCUCGUUCAACGAUGAUGAAGAAGAUUGA